AUGGACGAGGAGUUCCCGGUCAAGGUAUAUGUCUACGACCUCUCCCACGGACUUGCAGCCGUAUAUUCGCCAAUCGUGCUAGGUAGUAAAAUUGAUGCCAUUUACCACACGUCCGCAGUGAUCUAUGGCCAGGAGUUUUAUAUAGACCAAGGCAUUCAAGUAUGUACGAAGCCUGGCACCACAAAGUACGGCACGCCGAUCGAGGUCUUGGAUAUGGGUACCACGCUGAUAGACCAGGACACGUUCCAUGAUUUUCUACAGGAUCUACGGGACCACGACGAGGGGAAGUAUAACGCGCCAGCUUACGACUUGUUUGACAAUAAUUGCAAUCAUUUCACAGACGUGUUACUAGAGUUCUCGGUGGGGCGGAAUUUGGAGGACCGCAUCCUUAAGCUUCCACAACAGGUGUUGGCCAAUCCGAACGGGCAGCUUCUUCGGCAGAUGUUAGGGGGUGGUUCAGGGGGAGCCUCGGGAAAUGCCCACUUUGGUUUCUGA